AUGGAUAAUCCUAGGAGACAUACAACAACUAGUGCUACGACUACUGCGACUAGCAAUGGCGAUUUCUCGCUACAGUCUAGGUCUCCGAACGCUCCCCGACAUGAUGUUCCGUCACCUGCCGGCAAAGCAGACCCAGGAAUAACGAAGAAGACAACAAGAAGGAGCAAGUAUCGACAUGUGGAGGUCUACCAUUCGAAGCUACGGCACUCGAGCCUUAGUAGAGACUCAGGUACUACAACUAGCUUCCUUGGUUUCCGCAACCUGAUGGUGAUUGUUUUGGUUGCUAUGAACUUCCGCCUGAUUAUAGAGAAUUUCAUGAAGUAUGGUGUUCUCAUCUGCAUCAAAUGCCAUGAUUACCGAAAGCAAGACGUGGUCCUUGGCUCCAUCCUAUUCUCCCUCGUCCCGUGUCACCUAUUUAUCGCCUAUGUGAUUGAAUUGGCUGUCGCGAAACAGGCCAAGAAGACAGUAGGCCAGAGAAAGAAAGAUGCAUCCGCGGAGGAGAACGAACGUGGGCAGCAGGUUUUCCAGAGGACCUGGCGAUUUGCCGCGUUCUUCCAUACGCUCAAUGCAACACUCUGUCUUGCCGUGACGAGCUUUGUGGUAUACUUCUAUAUUCAUCAUCCGGGGAUUGGGACGGCCUGCGAGGUUCACGCCAUUAUCGUGUGGUUGAAGAACUGCUCGUAUGCCUUUACCAAUCGAGACCUUCGACAGGCGAUGCUCAAUCCGUCUGCGGAGUCUGCCCUGCCCGACAUCUAUUCUUCAUGCCCGUAUCCUAGAAACAUUACGCUUGGAAACCUCACAUACUUUUGGUUAGCUCCAACACUGGUUUACCAGCCAGUGUAUCCCCGGUCGUCGCACAUCCGGUGGUCUUUUGUGGCGAAACGCCUGGGAGAGUUCUUCUGUUUAGCCGUGUUCAUGUGGCUUCUUUCAGCUCAGUAUGCCACGCCGGUGUUACGGAACUCGAUUGAUAAGAUCGCCGUCAUGGACAUUGCAUCCAUUCUGGAGAGAGUCAUGAAGCUGUCCACCAUUUCUCUGGUCAUCUGGCUGGCGGGUUUCUUCGCUAUCUUCCAAUCCUUGCUGAAUGCGCUAGCCGAAGUAAUGCGGUUUGGUGACCGCGAGUUCUACACAGACUGGUGGAAUAGCUCUAGUCUGGGGACCUACUGGCGGUCUUGGAACCGUCCAGUGUAUCUCUUCAUGAAGAGACAUGUAUACUCACCAUUAGUAGGACGAGGGUGGAGUGCCCUCGCGGCGAGUACAAUGGUGUUUUUCAUUUCUGCUGUGCUCCAUGAGAUGCUUGUUGGGAUUCCCACUCAUAACGUUAUUGGAGUCGCAUUCUUCGGAAUGAUGUUCCAGCUCCCCUUGAUCGCCAUUACCACGCCAUUGGAGAAAAUGCAUGAUCCUCUAGGCAAGGUAAUUGGCAACUGUAUCUUUUGGGUUAGCUUCUGCGUUGUUGGUCAGCCACUGGGGGCGCUACUCUACUUCUUCGCAUGGCAGGCGAAAUAUGGUAGUGUAAGCAGGGGCUAG